GCCGCCCAUGGACGAUGAAGACGUAGUCUGUUGCUCCUGUGUCUCGAUGCUGGAUGGAUGGGGCCAGCCAUAGCAGCACAGGAAGGGUGCUCCGAACUGUUGGCCGACGACAUCGGGCGUCCGGCCUACUUGGAGGAAGAGCUCGCGCGGGACCCUAUCUCUGGUGGACGAUCGGUCCUGUGGUUGGAAGCAGGUUGUGCCGCAUCAUGUUCCUUGCUUCGGUCUGGUGUGGCACAGGUAUCGCUGGCGCAAACACCGCAGAGGGAUGGCACAGCCGAAGCUCACACCGAAACGUUUGAUGAUUUUCGCCCUGUCGGCGUCAGUGAAAGAGACGGUGGGCCCCGCAGGCUGUGGGUGCCUGUGACAGUCCUCGCGCUUCCAAGGAACAGCGGCAGCGUGCCGGACAAGAGCCAAUCUUCGUCGCCGACUGGGCCGUCUCGUGGUAUUUCCGCCGCAAGCGACAGGGAGAGACAAGAAGGAAGCGUCGCUGACACGCAUCGCUGUUGCCCCGCUGCGUUGUCGCCCUGUCUCGCUGAGGCCCUGGGCUGUUGCCCAACAACGGCAGCAGCCGGAAAAAUCGGUGGCAGCAGCGGCGGUACGCGGUUGUCGGUGCGCGAGCUUCCGACUGAUUCUAUCGCCCUUGCGUCCGUGGUUAAGCUCAGCGGCCCGUACCCAGUGUCGGCGUCCACCGGAAGGCCCGACUUAUCCGCCAGAAUCGACGACGGCCGAGCUUCUCUGGCCGCAGUGUCCUCGAUUUUGCCUCAUGCGCUGGAAGGAGAGGUACUUGCCGAGGGCUCUGUGUUCAGCGUGGCCGGUCUCUUCGCGCUGGUCGUUGUCGAGGUGUGCGCAGAAGGGCAGUGGCGGGUGCCGGCGGGAGAGGUGGGCAGCACUGGGGGUGUUGUUGUGGUGAGGGUGCACGGCGCCACCGAGCUGCGCCUGUUGCCGCCGACUCGAUCGAGACGCGGCGGUGUCGCAGGCCCUGCCGAAAGCGUUGGCCCUCUUGCCGACGGUGCUGCUGCUGUGUCUUCCUCCGAGGAUGCUGGUUCGGUGAACGCCCCUUGCAGUUGGCAGAGAUCAACCGACGAUAAAGGCGUCGCAGCAGCAGAAGUAGAACCCUCCAGCACCUCAGCCACCGCCGGUCUCUCCCCGGCGCUACAACCCUACCGCUCCCCCGAUGCCAGGGAGUGGAUCCGACUGGUGGAGCGAGACUUCGGCGGGCUCGGGGAUGACGUCGCCACGGUUAUUGCUGCCGUAGGCACGGUUUUGAGGGGAAGUGAGAAAAGCCGCGUCGGCGAGGACGCAGGGGGGGAUGAGCUGACGGCGCCUGCUAGUGGCCUGUUGUGUCACGGACCGACCGGAGUAGGCAAGACCCUUCUCGCCAGAUCGGUUGCGCGGCAUUCUGGCGCACCAUGGUUCUUCCUGGACUGUGCUUCCGUGUUCCGGCGUGACCGUGGCGAGGCGGAGCAGUACGUGCAGGAGUUUUUGGCCAGGGCUUGGGCGUGCUCGCCGUCCGUGGUUGUCCUGGACCAGGUCGAGUCUAUCUGCAGGAGGCGCCCAGAGGCCGCGGGUAUCACAGAGCUACAGGUGCUCUCCGUGCUCCUCGAGACGAUGGACCGAUUCCGCCGCCCGCCGUCGGCGCUCCGCGUGUUCUUCCUGGCCACCUGUCCAGACCCUGCCGCUCUCGACCCGUCCCUGCUCCAGCGGGGCCGCCUGGAGGCCGUACUGCAGCUGGGCGCAUUGAACAGCGCCGCGCGCGCUUCCAUCUUGGGCAUCCACGCCCGGGACAUGCUCCUCGAGGUGCUACCGUCGUCGCCGCCGCUGCCGUCACGGCCGCCGCCUGAACCGCCGGUUGCUGCUGCAACAGCGGGCGCCGCAAUGCCACCGCAUCCUCCUUACGAAGAGAAGACAGACGUCGUCGGCGAUGAAUCGCCGGUUCGAUUGGAAAAACCAAACAGGGAGACGGCGGCGGCGGCGGCCGCCACGUCUGCAUCUGCAGCUAUCGCAUUGACGCCUCCCGCGGUUCCACCACCGCGGACAAGGGACGAGUUUCUUGAGCUAGUCGCCGCGAGGUGCCACGGCUACCUGGGGUCCGACCUGGAGCGCUUGUGCCGCGAGGCGGCCAUGAGCCACUUCUCGGCGGCCACCGCUGCCGGCGCCGUCGACGUGGUAAAGGGUGCUGGACGUCACGAAGCGGGUGGGGAUUUGGCUGCUACCAGUGGAUGUGGGGAGGGCGGAGGGGGCGACAAGGCCGGCGCGCCGGGAGUCCGAUUGCGGGACUUUUGGGCGGCGUCGAGCGUCGUUCGGCCGGCGUCGCUGACCGGGCACUCUGCAGGGAUGUGGGGGGGCGACGUCGGAAAAGAGCGAGGGAAGGCAUCGGUAACCCCGCCGCUUGUCGGGUGCGACGCCGCCAUGGCGGAGCUCCGAGCCUUCGUCCUAACGCCUCUGGCGAACCCCGAUCUGCUGCGGGAUCUGGGGCUGAAGGGCGCGACGGGCGCGCUCCUUCACGGUCCUCCCGGCUGUGGCAAGACGAGCGUGGCGCGAGCGCUCGCCGCGGAGGUGGAAGGCGUCGCCAACUUCUUGGAAGUGAGGUGCUCGGACCUCGUUGACAAGGUGGUCGGCCGGUCCGAGCGAAACGUGUCGGACCUUUUCGCGGCGGCAAGGGCUGCCGCUCCUUGUGUGCUCUUCCUUGACCAGGUCGAGGGAGUCGCUGCACGUCGAGGCUACCACUCUUCAACGGAGCAGACUUUCGAUCGGAUCCUCAGCACUCUCUUGGUAGAGAUGGAUGGGGUCAUGUCGGAGUCUGGUGGGCACGUGGUCGUCCUGGCGGCCACCAACGACAUCGACCGCCUGGACCCUGCGCUCCUCCGGCCGGGCCGGCUAGAUCGCCGCGUGCACCUCGGCGUCCCGGACUCGGCCUCGCGCGCGGCCAUCUUCCUCCAACGCCUGCGCGGCAUGCCUUUGUGGAUGGAGGAAGAGGUCGAGGGAGGUGGUGGCGGACGGGACGCAGACAGCGGAGGAGCCGCCUUGCAAGUGGGGGUUGGGCAUGGUGAGGGGGGAGUCGUGGGUGGGCGCGGAGAGCUGGGUGCGAGUGGUGCCACCGAUGCGGCGGCGGCGGCGGCGGCGGUGGCGGAGGUGGCGGAGGUAAUCAACGACAGUGGCAAUGCUGACGGCGGAAGUAGCUCUUGCGGCACGCCAUUACAAAGCCGUCAGGACAGCGGCCAAGCAACCAGCGACCAUGGGGCUGGAACUGGGGUGCCGCCGCGGCAACGAUCGCCAUCACAGCCACAGCCGCCGCAGAUUCCGGCGCCUUUGCCACGCGCACGAAGACGGCGGGGAUUGCUAGACAGCGCGGAGGCGUACGCGGAGUGGCUUGCCGACGAAACCGAGGGGAGCUCCGGCGCGCACGUGACGGGCGUGUGCCGCGAGGCGGCGCUCGCGGCCCUGAGGGAAGGCAUUGAAUCCACGGAGGUGGCGCCGAGGCACUUCGAGGCGGCCCUGGGCGAUCGGCGAAGAGGGCGCGAUGCUGUCGCCGGCGGUGGCGGGCAACCGCGGCCCCUGCGGUAGCGUAUUUUUCCUCGCUUGAUGACGCAGGCUCUGGUUGGCGGAGCCUUGUGUUGAGUUGGUGUAGCCUGUGCGGGGAGGAUGGGCUUGGGUGUUGUUGCUUGGUACCCGGCAACGUCGUAGAGCCACAUUCCUCGUGCAGACGACCAAGUGAUUUCAAUCUGGAAGGAGGGACGAACACUCCGUUCACUGUGGGCAUGUGUUGCCCCUGAAUAGUUGUGCUCGACGACGUUGCCCCGGAGAUCUGCGAGAACGUUUAGGCGACAAUGGCCGGCGAUAGACUCAAGCGAUACUGCAUGGGCUGGGCGAUCACGUAGUAGGAGAGGAUGGCGACAAAAAAUGCGAAACGCACGGAAUAUUGGUGCGGAC